AACCCACCAACCUAACCAACUUUGUAACCCAAAUUUAAAACACGCCUCCUUUCUCCCACCCACCUCCUCCCCCAACAUGGCCAUCGCCGCCUGCUUCUUCACCCCCACCUCCUCCAACUUCAACCCCCACCUCAAUCUUCACCGUCCAUUUCUUUCCUCCCACUCAUCAUCCCUCCGCCUCUCCCUCUCCUCGCCUUCCCCUUCUCCUCUCUCCCUCCGCCACCAACAUACUGACCCUUUCUCCCUCUUUGUCCCUUUCGCUUCAUCUUCUGGUGGAGAUGGCAGCUUCAAUAAUGGAACCCGUUCAGGCGGCGGCGGCGGCGGAGGCAAUGACGACAGCAAUAGUAAUAAUAGCGGCGGUGAUGAGGAUGGUGAUAAUGCAGCGAAUAGAAACAGGAAAGAGGCGAUGAUUGUGUUAGCGGAGUCGAAGCGAGCUCUAGAGACUUUGCCCAAUGACUUGGUGGCAGCGAUCCAGGCCGGCAGAAUCCCUGGAGCGGUGGUUUCCAGGUUUCUAGAGUUGGAAAAGUCGGGAUUCUUCCGUUGGUUGCUUAAUUUUGGUGGGUUCAAGGAGAGGCUGCUGGCUGAUGAUCUGUUUCUCGCUAAGGUCGGCAUCGAAUGCGGUGUCGGUAUCUUCACUAAGACGGCUGCAGAAUAUGAACGUCGCAGGGAGAACUUUUUCAAGGAGCUGGAAAUUGUUUUUGCAGACGUGGUGAUGGCCAUAAUAGCAGAUUUCAUGCUUGUUUAUCUUCCUGCUCCAACAGUAUCCCUCCGACCACCUCUUGCAAGCAGUGCUGGGCAUAUUGCAAAGUUCUUCUACAGCUGCCCUGAUAAUGCAUUUCAGGUUGCUCUUGCUGGAACUUCCUAUUCAUUUUUACAGAGACUAGGUUCUAUUGUGCGUAAUGGGGCAAAACUUUUUGCUGUUGGCACCACCUCAUCACUGGUUGGCACUGCCGUGACAAAUGCAUUGAUCAAUGCAAGGAAGGCUGUGGAUAAGUCUGGUGAAGUUGAAAAUGUGCCUGUUUUGUCCACCAGUGUUGCCUAUGGUGUCUAUAUGGCAGUUUCUAGCAACCUCAGGUAUCAAGUACUGGCUGGUGUGAUUGAACAGCGGAUUUUGGAUCCUUUAUUACACCAGCACAAGCUCAUGCUCAGUGCAAUAUGUUUCGCUGUCCGAACAGGCAACACGUUUUUGGGUUCAUUGUUGUGGGUGGAUUAUGCUCGGUUGAUAGGACUUCAAAAGUCUCAGGAAGAGCAGAAAGAAUUGGCUUGAUUUAUGAAUUGCAUUGUCGCAUGCAGUAACGCACGAAGUAGAGAAUUAUGUCAGUUGAAUUUUAGUGGGAGCUUUUUUCUGGUUACUGAAAUGGUCGAGUUUCUUGCAAUUUGAGGUUGAGACCCCAGAAUUAGUCAUGAAGCUGAUAUUUUGUAUCAAUAUAUGUAUUUGUAUCUUUUUUUAAUUUUCUUAUAAAAAAUGCUUUUUACAA